AAAGCGAGGGUGCAAACACGAAAUUAAUCCAAAGUGUUAUGCUAGGCGGAGAAAACAAUUAAAUCCGCAAUCUCCCUCGUUUUCAUCGACGCUCUCUCUCAAUUUCUUCUUAAACACCUCUCUGGCUCUCUCUCCCCUCUCACUCUUGGCUACAUUUACAAGCAUUUGAUUCGGAAAUGGACUCUGCUGCUAUGGCUUUCUGUAGUAAUUCCGUCACCAAACCUGUUUACUCUCCAGCUCCUGGUUUAUUUAUGGGGAGUGCUUCUGGGAUUAAAAGCUCUAAUUGUAGUUUUAUGGUGGGAAGUAAAGUGAAGUUUCCUAGGCAGAGAGCUCAGGCUUCUCAGGUUAGUCGUAAAUCUGGGAAACGCGGCGGUGCUCUUUCUGUUACUUGUCAGGGUGAUAAAAUUCUGGUGGCAAAUAGAGGAGAGAUUGCUGUUCGUGUUAUACGUACUGCUCAUGAAAUGGGGAUACCAUGCGUUGCUGUUUACUCGACUAUUGAUAAGGAUGCACUUCAUGUGAAAUUGGCUGAUGAAUCAGUGUGCAUUGGUGAAGCACCAAGCAGUCAAUCGUAUUUAGUGGUCCAAAAUGUGCUGUCUGCUGCUAUUAGCCGCGGAUGUACAAUGCUUCAUCCUGGAUAUGGCUUCCUUUCUGAGAAUGCAAACUUUGUCGAGAUGUGCAGAGAGCAUGGGAUCAACUUCAUUGGACCCAAUCCUGACAGUAUACGAGUCAUGGGUGACAAAUCUACUGCCAGGGAAACAAUGAAGAAUGCUGGUGUUCCAACUGUACCAGGAAGUGAUGGAUUACUACCGAACACCGAAGAGGCUAUUAGGGUUGCUGAUCAGAUUGGAUAUCCCGUGAUGAUCAAGGCAACAGCUGGUGGCGGUGGACGUGGAAUGCGUCUUGCCAAAGAACCUGAGGAGUUUGUAAAGUUAUUACAGGCAGCUAAAAGUGAGGCUGCAGCUGCCUUUGGAAAUGAUGGUGUUUAUCUUGAAAAGUAUGUCCAAAAUCCCAGGCACAUUGAAUUCCAGGUUCUUGCAGACAAGUUUGGUAAUGUUGUGCACUUUGGAGAGCGUGAUUGCAGUAUUCAGAGGAGGAAUCAGAAGUUGCUUGAAGAAGCACCAUCCCCUGCACUAACACCUGAGUUGAGGAAAGCCAUGGGUGAUGCAGCAGUUGCAGCUGCAGCAUCGAUAGGUUAUAUUGGCGUUGGUACUAUUGAGUUCCUUUUGGAUGAAAGAGGUUCAUUUUACUUCAUGGAAAUGAACACUAGAAUCCAGGUGGAGCAUCCUGUGACAGAAAUGAUCUCUUCUGUUGACCUAAUUGAAGAACAAAUCCGGGUUGCUAGAGGAGAGAAACUUCGUUACAAACAGGAAGAUAUUGUGCUCAGAGGACAUUCAAUUGAAUGUCGUAUUAAUGCAGAAGAUGCUUUCAAGAAUUUCAGACCUGGACCAGGGAGAAUAACAGCAUACUUGCCAUCUGGAGGUCCAUUUGUGAGGAUGGAUAGCCAUGUUUAUCCAGAUUACGUAGUUCCACCAAGCUAUGAUUCUCUACUUGGAAAGCUUAUUGUGUGGGCUCCAACAAGAGAAAGGGCAAUCGAACGCAUGAAAAGGGCUCUUGAUGACACUAUCAUUGUCGGUGUUCCAACAACAAUUGAAUACCAUAAACUUAUCCUUGAAGUUGAGGACUUCAAAAAUGGAAAAGUUGAUACCGCUUUUAUUCCAAAGCAUGAAGAUGAGUUGGCUGCGCCCCUGGGCAUUGUACCAGCUACCCCAGCUAAAGAGAUUGUCAACACCUCGGCGUAGAGAGGAACAAAGAUGUUUUGUGCAGGCUGAGAUGACUUCUCAUAUUUCGGACUGUGAUCUGAGAUCUCAGCUCCCUUGCAAAAUUUCCUUAGUCAAUUAAUUUUGCCUUUGCAAUUUGUCAUUGUAAUAGAAUAAAAUCCUUUGAUCUUUAUACAUUAACUGAGGUUGGCUAAUCAAAAUUAAUAUAUACCUGGAUUGUAUAUUGUCAUUUGGUCGUACAAGUAUUCAGUUGUGUC